CGGAUUUCAAUAUGUGGCCAGGUGUGAAUGGAUUAUAAGAUAGGAGCAGUUUGGUAGCCACUUCUAUCAUAAAAUCACAUGUUACUCUCAUCGUUCCAUGUCCGUGUGGCAUUUCGAAUUGGAGGUUAGGAAAGCAGAUAAACAAAACGUGUUUUACUUACAAAAAUCUAUAUUUUUCAAUUCUAUAAGUAAUAAAUAAAUAUACGAGAUGGCUGUCAAGUCAAAGAUGUCUAAAACAAAAAAGAAUAACAUUAAAAGAACUAAACUUAUUAAACGUGGUGUUAUAAGAGCAUCAAAGAAACCUCAAAAAAAGUUUAAAGAAGCUCCCGUUGCUGCUCCCAAAAAAAGACCUGUUGAAACAAUUGAAGAAGAAGAAAGCGACCAUGGAGAAGAUAUGCUGGGUAUGGUUGAAGAAGAUGAUCUAGAAUUCUUGAAGCAGUCAAUUACAAACCGUUCCUACAACAUUUUCAAUAGAAUAAGGUAUUCAGUUGACAUUAGCCCCAAACAGAAGAAACAAAAAACUGAGGAUGUUAAUAAUGAUGAUGCCUUGGAAAAUGAAUAUCAGCAAAAUUUAGAUAAUACUCAAACCAAGAAAAUUAAAUCAUUGUUGCCAAUAAAGACAAAGGAUGGUAUUGUACGUCAAGCAGUUGAAGAAACAGAUGAUGGGGAUAAUCAAGAAGAAGCUGAUGAAGAAGUGAAUUUUGAAUCUAUUGAAGAAGACCAUUCUGAAGACUUUUCUAAACCCGUCAGUGCAACCCAGCUGCUCAUUAGAAGGAAUGAAAUUAUCAGAGAAAAGAAACUACAAGUUGGAAAUCUAUGUGCAACAUUAUUGGAAAAUCCUGAAGAAAAAAUUACAAAUCUGAGGACACUAUUAACAAUCAUGAAUGAAGAUUUAAAAGAAGCUUAUUUUACUGUUCGCAAAUUUACAAUGUUAUCAAUAUUGGAGGUAUUUAAAGACAUUUUGCCUUCUUAUGAAAUAAAGAAGACUAUCAAUGAAGGUGUGAAGCUUAAAAAAGACACUCUCAAAUUGCACAAGUAUGAGGAAAGUUUAUUAAUGUACUAUAAACAGUUUUUAAAGAAGUUGGAGAAGCAUCUUUUUGUCCUAAUAAAGAAGAAAGGUGAUUUUAGAAAGAAGUCUGGAGAUGAAAUAAAACUGGGAAUAUUAGCAGUUGAAGCAAUGUUAGACUUGUUAGUUACUCAUCCUUAUUUCAAUUUUUCUGAAAAUAUAGGAAGAGUAGUUGUACCUUUCUUGACUAGUUAUGACAAAGGCAUUCGAAAAAAUGCUAAAGAGAAGGUAAUACAAUUGUUUAAAGAAGAUAAAAAAGGUGAUAUAACUUUCACAAUUUUGAGGAUAAUCAAUAAUUACUUGAAGACACAUUCUAAUGUACAUUCAGAUAUGCUUGAAGUGUUAUUAGUGUUGAAUUUGAAGAAUGUGAAUCUAGAUCAACAAAAGGAACAGGACUUGAAGCAGAAAAAAUUGAUGGCAAAAAAAGCUAGGGUGCAACAGCUUUCCAAAAAGGAAAGAAAAAGGAAAAAAAAGCUUGCUGAGCUAGAUAAAGAGCUACUUGAAACCAAAGCAGAAGAAAAUAGGCAGACUAAAGAAAAGAAUGUAACAGAAAUCACCAAAAUAUUAUUCAACAUAUAUUUCAGAAUCCUCAAAACUUCUAAAAAUAACAAACUACUUGGUGCUUGCUUGCAAGGCCUUGCGAAAUACUCACACUGCAUCAAUUUAGAAUACUACCUGGAUAUAGUAAACAUAAUUGAUCAUUUAUUGAAAGAAGAGUGGCUGACAUAUGUUGAACAACUACAUUGUGUGCAAACUGUUUUUGCAAUACUCAGUGGCCAGGGUGAAGUUAUCAAUUUGGAUCCUACAAGAUUUUAUAAUAACUUAUACCAGGAGCUAUUAUCAAUCAAUGCUGCUUCAAAAAGAAGUGACUAUAUCUGCGAUUUCAUCAAAACACUAAAUGAUGCCUUAAUUAAACGAAGAAAGAAAAUCACAAACAAGAGACUAUUAGGAUUUGUGAAACGCCUGAGUAUUCUCAGUCUGCAGGUAUCCCAUGAUGGAGCUUUGGCUUGCUUAGGUCUUAUCAGGAACAUUAUGCAACUCAAUAGGAGUCUUGAUAUCCUUUUAGACCUUGAUCCAUCCAUAGGUGAAGGACAGUACCAAGCUGAAAUAGAUGAUCCAGAGUAUUCUAAUGCAGCCAGUACAGCUCUUUAUGAAAUAAUAGCAUUGUCAAAUCAUUAUCAUCCUGUAGUUAGGAUGUUUGCAAGAAAUAUUGCUAGUGGUGUGCCAGCGACUGGAAAUGGUAGUUUGCCUGGCGAAUAUGCUAAAACUACACCAGAUCAAUUGUAUGAAGAUUUCAACAUGUCAGACAUGGCAUUCAAUCCACCAGUCUGUCCACCUAAGUCUGCCAAUGUGAAAAGUAAGCCAACAAGGCAUUACUUUGUAGAUAGUGCUUUCCAGGAAGAGUGUAUGGGUAUCUUGAACAUAUCAAAACAAAGACAUUCGUUUUUUAUUUGAAUAUUGGAUGUAUUUUGUAAAUAUUUGGAAGUGUUUUCAAGUGUGCUUCAAAAUAAAGUGUAAAAAAUUAAUCACAAUAUUGUGAACAUUCUUCAAUGAAAUCUAUUACAUUCAUUUUAUUUCCACCCUCAUCAUAAAAUGAUAUAUGUGUUAAGAGCGC